CUCGUCUAUAAGCACGAACGAUAAAAACCAAACGAAAACCAGCCAGCCACUCAUCAGAGGACCACCAGCUCCCCUGUCUCCGUGAAGAGCAUCGCCAUUCAGUCCUCUCUCUCUCUCUCUCUCUCUCUCUCUCUCUCUCUCUCGGAAGCUCCGAUGGCUCGCGUCCUCGAAACUCUCGCUGUCCCUCGGGCUUCCUCCGUCCCAGCCUCCACGAUGGCUCCGAUGGGGACGACUUCGUCGGUUUCUGCACUCCCCGGCAGCCAGAAAUCCCUCGAAUUGCCUCGGUUCAGAGGCCUCAGGAUCCAAACUAGUUGUAGGACUCGAUCAUUGGCAUCGUUUAGUUCCAGUUCCAGAAUCGUACGCCCUGGGGCGCGAAUCGUCUGCGAGGCUCCGCAGACUGCCGUUGAAGUUCCUGCAGCCACUGAUGAAACCUGGAACUCACUUGUCCUCGAGUCUGAUUGCCCUGUUCUGGUUGACUUCUGGGCUCCGUGGUGUGGUCCAUGCCGGGUAAUUGAACCUGUUAUUGAUGAAUUAGCAAAGGAAUAUACUGGGAAGCUCAAAUGCUACAAGGUGAACACCGAUGAGAGUCCUUCAAUUGCAACCAGAUAUGGGAUCCGCAGCAUCCCAACCGUCCUUAUCUUCAAGAGUGGGGAGAAGAAAGGCUCAGUUAGCGGUGCUGUUCCUAAAUCAACUCUGACCAAUCUCAUAGAGAAGUUCUUGUAAAGCCGGCAAGCUAUGUAAAUCCUUAAGACUUAGUGGAGCUGUCUCCAUGCAUAAUGUUUCUUCCACCUGCAGCUUGUUGUGCCACAAGUGCAGCCAAGCUGUGUCAAUAAAUUCAAUAUGCACCUGCAUAGUUACUAGUUGCUGCUGUACCUUCAUGACCAUGUUAGCUAACACUACAUGUCUUACAUUCCUCAAAUCCCAUUUAAUACUCAGUUCCUUCUGAGUAUUUUUUUAUUUUGUAUCAGUUGAUUUGGAUCAUUGGUUGUGGCUGCCUUAUUUUCUGUUAGUAAUGCAUGCUGCAAGUAGCGAUGUUAAUGGUGGGAUUUGGUCCA